AGACAAUUAGAAAACAGAGAGGAGUCCACGAGGAGAAAAAGAGCAACCUCCAUAGCAGAAACCUCCCCAAACCCCUCCUCCCCCGGCCCCUGAAACGGCGCCGCUUGCUUCUCGUUUGGCAGCAAUUCUUGUUCUCUUUGGACCAAUAGCGACCGCCUCGUCCCUUCUCCCAUCUCUUUCUCUGAGCCGCAACGCCAUCUUCUCGCUUCUCAGUUGUCAUUCUGUCCAUUAACUGAAAAGAGUCGCCGAUGGAGAAGAAGAGCAGUAAAGGAAGCAUCCCCAAGAGGUCGUCCCAGCAGAAAUUUCAGUUUUUAGGACCCAAUACUCUCCAAAUCAGCGAGGACGAUGGUGCGUCGCGCCUUGUUGGAAGCAUAGUCGAGAAGGGCAUGGUGGACGAACCCUCCGCGAAGCCUGUCGCACCUACCCCAGCUCCCCGACCCUCUGCCCUUCCCUUCCCGAUCGCCCGUCAUCGCUCUCAUGGCCCCCAUUGGGGUCCUAUGGCUAAUACUAAGGGUGGUGGCGCCUAUGUUGAUGAUGAUGAUGGUGGAGGGAAGAUCUCCCACUGUGAUCCAAUAGUAGCUUUUGCAAACCCAGUGCAGAAGAAAGAGAAGAAAGGUCUGGAUUUUACCAGUUGGAGAGAGCUAGUUUCAAGUGAUAAUUCUUCUGUGGUUAAUAAAAAGGAAGAGCAGAAAUUUUCUUCACUGGAGUUUGAUGCAUUUAAGAAGGAUGGAGAAGCAACUGAAUUCGUUGAUAAGGGAAACAUGUCGUCUGGCACAGCUUUUGUUCAUGGGGAUGCGGUAACCUGCAUGGAAAUGAAUGCAGAAUCACAAGUUAAUUCACAUCGGUCUCCAAUUAAAACUGAAGGGGGCAUAACAAGCUGUUUGGGAAUUGGGUUUGUGGAUUCAAUUGCUGACAUGAAGUUAGAUAGUUCUGGCAAAUCAAGUUGCCAGGAGAUGCAUAGAUCCUCUGGUAACUACUUGAGCAAAAAUACAAAGUCUACUUCACUAUUGGAAAAUCAUACCAAGUUGCAGGAAGUUUCAUUAAACGGGACAUAUGAACCACCAACAAGGAUGCUGGAUAACACGAGAACUGUAUUGUCAGAAGCGUUAAAAAACCAAGGCCGAGUGGAAAUAGAUAAGCAGAAGAGUUCAUCCAAUGAUUUUGGAAGUGAUCAAGGGUCCAUUUCUCUUGAGAAUCAAAUUGAUGCUGAGAAUCAUGCUCUGUUACAGAGAAUGUCAACUGAUGAGAUUGCAGAAGCACAGGCUGAGAUUAUGGAUAGGAUUAAUCCUGCAUUACUAAACAUGCUGAAACAACGGGGACAAGAAAAAUUGAAGAAGCAAAAGUAUUUAAGCUGUGACCAAGCUACUAAGUCAAAGCCAAGUAAUCUACAAAGUGAGAAUCCACUGACUAGAAAUGGAGAAGAUUUUCCACAUGUAGAGAGUACCUCACAUGUGAUGACAGCAACAAGAAGCACCUUGGAGGACAGACAGAGGUUGCUAGAUGGAAAUGUGCAGAAUACGGGCUCUGCCAACAGCAGUUUAUGGAAUGCUUGGAGUGAGAGAGUUGAGGCAGUCAGGGAGUUAAGAUUUUCCUUUGAUGGGACUGUUAUUAAAGGUGAUUUUGCUGUGGUGCCUGAGACUGGUAGUAUUUCUGGUCGCAGUGGUUAUAGUGCUGAUAAUGUCACUGAACGGGACUUCCUGCGUACUGAAGGGGAUCCUGGCGCUGCAGGCUAUACAAUCAAAGAGGCAGUUGCACUCACAAGGAGCGUGGUUCCAGGCCAACGGGUCCUUGCAUUGCAUCUCCUUGCAGCUGUUCUUGAUAAUGCAUUAUGCAACAUUCACCAAAACCAAAUUGGGCGUACCCCUGGUAAUGCUAAUAAAGUUGGCAGGUCUAUUGACUGGGAGGCUGUUUGGGCUUUUGCCUUGGGCCCAGAACCUGAACUUGUUUUAUCACUGAGAAUGGCUCUUGAUGAUAACCACAAUUCUGUAGUUUUAGCGUGUGCCAAAGUUAUUCAGUGCAUACUGAGCUGUGAUAUGAAUGAGAACUACUUCAAUAUCUCAGAGAAAAUAGCUGCUUAUGAGAAUGAUAUUUGUAUUGCUCCUGUAUUUCGAAGUAGACCAGAUAUAGAUGUUGGCUUCCUUCAUGGUGGUUUUUGGAAGUACAGUGCUAAACCUUCUAAUAUUCUUCCUUUUGGUGAUGACACUGUGGACGAUGAGACUGAUGGAAAACAUACUAUUCACGAUGAUAUUGUUGUUUCUGGACAAGAUUUUGCCGCGGGUUUGGUUAGGAUGGGAAUCCUUCCAAGGAUUCGCUAUCUCUUGGAGACAGACCCCAUGGCAGCUUUGGAAGAAUGCUUAAUUUCGACUCUUAUUGUGAUAGCAAGGCAUUCCCCUAGUUGUGCUGAUGCAAUCAUAAAAUGCCAAAGGCUCAUUCAAACAAUUAUUAUUAGGUUUACUAUGAAAGACAGAAUGGAAAUUUUUCCUUCUAUGAUAAAAUCUGUUACCCUUUUGAAGGUGUUGGCUCGAUAUGAUAGAAAGAACUGCAAGGAGUUUAUAGAGAAUGGUACUUUUCGGGAUAUGUCAUGGCAUUUGUAUCGGUAUGCAGUCUCCCUUGACCAAUGGGUGAAGGCAGGAAGGGAAAACUGUAAACUUGCAUCAGCUUUGAUGGUUGAGCAGCUAAGGUUCUGGAAAGUCUGCAUUCAAUUUGGGUAUUGUGUGUCUUACUUUUCAGAAUUUUUCCCUGCCUUGUGCUUAUGGUUGAAUCCACCUACAUUUGAAAAACUGAUUGAGAACAAUGUCCUUUGUGAAUUUGCUUCCAUUACUAAGGAAGCGUAUCUUGUACUAGGGGCUUUGGCCAGAAGACUUCCAAAUUUUUAUUCACAAACAUAUCAGAGCAAUCAAAUUCCAGAUUUUCUUGAUGAUGAUGCUGAGAGUUGGUGUUGGAGUCAUGUCGGUCCUAUGGUUGAUUUAGCUCUGAAGUGGAUAUCGUACAAGAAUAAUCCACACCUGUCUAAAUUCUUUGGGUGGACAGGAGUUCCAGUUGGUUUUGUUCUGGAAGGUCUAUCCUUGACCCCCUUAUUGUGGGUUAUUUCAGCUGUCAUGCAAAUGCUGUCCAGUGUGCUUGAAAGAGUAAUCCCUGAGGAUACAGUGUUUGCGAGUAAUGGAAGUGAUGGGCGUGUCCCGUGGGUGCCGGAGUUUAUCCCUAGAGUUGGACUUGAAAUAAUUAAAAAUGAGUUCCUAAGCUUCUCAGAUAUGAAUGGUUCAAAGCAUGGAACACGUGCUCCAGGCAGCAGCUCUUUUGUUGCUGAGCUGUGUCAUUUGAGACAUCAAAGUAACAAUGAAGCAUCAUUAGCUUCUGUUUGUUGCCUUCUUGGAUUAGUCCAGGUUAUUGUUUCUGUUGAUAAACUGAUCCAUCUAGCUAAGUCUGAGAUUUGUAACCCAUCUUCCCAGGGUUAUAAUUUUUCAAGAGAUGAUAAAAUACUUGAAGAUGGGAUAGUUAACCAGUCUGUGGAUGAAUUGAGAAGCGUGCUGACUACUUUCACGGAUGUAGUCAUUUCAGAGUGGCACUAUGUGCAUUCCAUUGAGAUUUUUGGCAGAGGUGGUCCUGCUCCCGGGGUUGGACUAGGGUGGGGAGCCUCAGGUGGAGGGUUUUGGUCAACAACUGUUCUGUUGGCACAAAGAGACACAGCAUUUCUUAUUCAGUUGCUUGAAAUCUUUCAGAUUGUGUGUUCUACUGAUCUACCUGCAGUCAAAGAGAUGACCUUUAAUGUGGAAACAAUUAAUGCUGUACUGGGAGCAUGCGUAACCAUAGGACCCAGGGAUAGAGUGAUCAUGGAGAAGGCAUUGGAUAUUUUGCUCCAAGUCCCUGUUCUCAAGUACCUUGAUUUUUGCACUCGUCAAUUCCUUCACCCUAGUAGGGGAAUUAAACCAUUUCGGUGGGAAUAUGUGGAAGAGGACUACCUGAGCUUCAGUAAGAAUUUAAUUUCUCACUUUAGUGACAGAUGGUCGUGUGUUAAAAAGAAGAAAAAAAAGUGUGACCAGGAAACACUUACAAAAUGUAGUACUGCUCUGUACACAAUUCAUGAGGAUGUAGAUCCAUCAAGGAUGAGUAGUCAAGAUGAUUGUUGCACUUCUUUGGUAGUGGAGUGGGCUCACCAAAGGCUGCCACUCCCUAUGCAUUGGUUUCUCAGUCCAAUCUCAACCAUCCAUGAUAAUAUGCAGGCUGGUCCUCUUGUUGCUUCUAAUACACUCAAUCACGUGCAGGGGCUCACUGGUUUUCAUGAAGUAGCUAAAAGUGGACUUUUCUUUCUUUUAGGCAUUGAAGGAAUGUCAUCUUCCCUUUCUGCCAAUGUCUGCUCUCCUGUUCGUAGUGUGCCAUUGAUUUGGAAAUUACACUCUCUAUCUGUGAUCUUACUGACUGGAAUGAGUGUGCUUGAAGAAGAGAAGAGUAGAGAUGUAUAUGCAGCUUUGCAGGAGCUCUAUGGACAGCUUCUUGAUGAACUAAGGUAUGCUAAAAACAGUGAACUUGUUUUGGAGGAAAACAGUGAUAUGCUGUCUGAAAAAAGGAAGAAAGAGAGUAUGGAGUUCCUGAUGUUUCAAUCCGAGAUUCAUGAGAGUUACUCAACAUUUAUUGAAACUGUUGUUGAGCAGUUUGCUGCCAUAUCUUAUGGCGAUUUAAUUUUUGGCCGGCAAGUUGCUAUUUAUCUAUACCGGCAUGUUGAAGCUACAGUACGGCUUUCUGCCUGGAAUGCACUAUCCAAUGCACGUGUUCUUGAGCUCUUGCCACGUCUAGAGGAAUGCCUUGCUGAGGCUGAAGGAUAUCUUGAACCUGUAGAGGAUAAUGAAGCAAUUUUGGAGGCAUAUGUGAAGUCAUGGAUUUCUGGUUCCCUUGACAGAGCUGUUGUUCGAGGAUCACUUGCAUUUACUUUGGUUCUGCACCACCUUUCAUCUUUCAUUUUUGAUUGUUACACUACUGCUGUGCUGUCGCUGCGAAAUAAACUCGUGAAAUCACUCCUUCGGGGUUGCUCCCGUAAGCAGCAACAUGAGGACAUGAUGCUGGAUUUAAUUCAACACAAGAAGCCAUUUGCAUCUGGAAAUCCUGAACUUAAGGAAGGUUUGGCACUGCAAAAGAGCAGGGUAGAGAGAAGGUUUGAGAUACUAACGGAAGCCUGUGAAGGAAAUUCUUCUCUAUUGACACUGGUAGAAAGGCUUAAAUACUCUUUUAGGAAAUUGUGACUUAACCAAACUCAGAGAGAGAGAGAGAGAGAUUGUUGAUAAUCAAUGUGUAGUUGAGUUUUUUAAUCCUUUUUUUUUGGAGGGUGGCGAAAGGGUUUUUGUUGUUUUAAUGUUUACAGUGGUUCUGUACAGUGGACGCUGUGUUUUCUGAAGCCUGGUGGAGAGUAACAUAUUUUGAGUUAUUGCAUGAAUAGCAUGAAUAUUUAAAUCAGAAAUUCAAAUAA